AUGAAGAUAUUCUAUGCGUUCGCUAACGUAUACACGCUCGCAAUAGCCGCUCUCAAAGCAACAAUUUUGUUCUUCUACCAGAGAGUCUUUGGCGGGUUCAGCUCGCCGUUCACCACCAUACUGUGGUGUACCCAAGCGUUCAACCUGUUAACGUUCAUUGGUUUCACGAUCCCAACAGUAGCACAGUGUCAACCACUCAGUUUCGCAUGGGAGGGAUGGGAUGGCCGCCAUGAAGGAUUCUGCCUCAAUAUCCUCUCCAUGAUCGUGACUCAUGCAGCUGUCAACAUCGGUCUGGACGUAUGGAUGCUGGUGCUGCCGUCAACCCAGGUGCUUCGGCUGAACUUGAGAUGGCGAGAAAAGGCUGAGAUUUUGGCCAUGUUUGGCAUCGGAAUUUUGUGA